AUGCCAUCGGACGCCAAUGCCCUCACUACGUCUUUCACACCAAGGAGUAAACGUCGACGGCUCAAUUUUGCAUGCAAUUAUUGCCGAAGUCGAAAAACACGUUGCGACGAGCAACGGCCAUCCUGUCAUGCCUGCCAAGUCGCCCAAGUACCAUGCGUUACUGAGGACCGACGCCGGCCAGGAUCAUUAGUUGAGCGUCGAGAGGCAACGAAAAGGACCAGUAACCUUCCGAAUGCAGUUACGAUCAAUGACCCGACUCCGGGGCCCGACCUUUCGCAACAUCAAGAAGAAAUCAAUGCGUCGUCCCGGGCCCUUGAAACCACGGCACGGCACGAAAGCAGCCAAUUUCAGGGGAGACUGCCUCUGCUCCGUCAACAGCCCAUACGGACUGUAAUAGAGGCUCUCACGAGCUGGCUCGAGCUCGCUAUCUACAGAUUAGGAAAGCAAAAAAGAACAUCCUUCAGUCCCAAAUCAUCACCUUCUCUGCUAAGAGGUCUUACGUUUCACCUUCCGGAAGCUCCUCAGCUACCCAAUAGUCAAACGUGUGAUGCAUUAUUCAACCGGUACUUCCAAACUGUGAACACGGUCUAUCCCUUUCUGGAGGAGGGAAAAGCGAGACAGACCAUAUGGUUUAUGCAAAGUCAUGGACCUGAAGGUGUUGCAGAACGAUAUGGUCUACCGUCUCUGUUGCAGAUUUAUCUUGUCAUCAUCCUCGGAGCGUUUUCAGCUACAGAUCUCCAACCUUCCAAGGAUCUGAUCGACGCAGAAACAUAUUGCAAGACUUUAUAUGGCCAUGUGCUAUGUUCCGGAGAUUUUGAGGCUGUUCGGGGUGCGGCAUUAUUUGCUCUUCUCUUGAAGUUUCGAGGACGUGAUACCGCCGCAUGGGCUAACCUUACUCAAAGCAUCUCCUUAGCAGUGUCGUUAGGCCUCGAAGGGUCGAAGAGAGCAAAGAAGUUAGAACCACUACUUCAUCGAUUGAGUGUAGAGGAGAGGGUAUGGUGGAGCCUACGUUGCUUUGAAGCUUUGUUCGCGUUCGAGUUAGGUCGUCGGUCGCGGUCGUCUGACAUGCAAGGUCCCCCGGCGAUCGGAGGCAAUGUUUUGUCUUACAUGGGCAAAGCUACAUCCGAGGAGGAGAGGAACUUCAUCGUUAUGGCAAGUCUGGCGGAGACCCUGGGAACGAUAGGCGAUCGAUGUAUACGGGCCACCGUCCGCGAGGAGGAGAGUAGCAGUGAAUCCGAGGCUCUGCAAGCUGCGAUUUGCGCAAAAGUUCAAACUACUGGCGAAUGCUGUCUUAUGCUAACAGAGUGGAUUGAAAGCAUUCCUAUGGAAUACAGGCCCGCGAGCGAAAUACCGUACGGCGAACGCGUUUAUCCCUUCAGGGCCUUUAUUUCUAUGCAGUACCACAAUGCCUUGGUCAUGCUAUGUCGAAAUAGCCUUUUGAUCAGUGAAGAGGCUGUCUGGCUUGCUGCAGAGAUCGUAGCGAAAGACCAACCGUGGCAGCAGAUCAUCCGUAAUGGACAAGCCAUCACCGCGAAUACAGCUCGGAAAAUACUUGUCGCCACCGUUGAAAGCCAUGAUUUGGAACUCGAGGCAGCACUUCCCACUUUCCACAUCACUCUCCACGCCUGUUUCGUUCUCUAUAUCUACACCGUACGCCACCCAAAGUCCCGUAUGGUCACUACAGAUCAGACGCUUAUUCUGAACGUGAUUGAUCAACUGAUGGAUGCAACAAACUGUUGGCGUGUUGAUCUCAACCCCAUAUUGCAGAAGCUGAAACUGUUGAUGGAUGCCAACUAUACAAGCCUCACGACGGAGGGGGACGAUACAGCGGAAGACAGACCAACGACCUCUCAAGCAUUGAACGAAGCAGCAAGCGAGUCGCUCUCCCACCAUUCCGCCCAGUCUGGGAUCUUAGUUGGCCCUGCCCCAACCGACCAGAGCCAAGAGACGUUUGAUGGCGAAAAUGACCGUAUCUGGUCCGAGGUGCACGCAAAUCUUUUCAAUGCUUUCGACAUUGACGAUAUGGGCUAUUCGCCGUCUCUACCUGAUCUAAUCGGGUGGGACUGGGCAGCCUUUUCGCAGCUGCCUUCUAUGCCACCAAGCCCCCGCAUGAAUUAA